UGGCUGGUUAAACAUACCAGAGCUUAAAUCCUGAACAGACGCACACAUUCACAACAACACCCUGCUCCUCUCUUACUAUUCCGCUGCUCUCACUUUUGCCAUCGACUACAAGUUUGCUGUAAAUACCCUGGAACAUCUGAGGCAAGUCAAGAAGACCAUCUCCAGUGAAGUGUUUGAGGUUUUUCUAUCUGAAAGCCAAAGGAUAACGCCGCAAUGUGGAGGAAGGGGAAGAUGUUGAUAUGGUUGUCAGUGCUGAUAUGCCUGUCAGUGGUCCAUCUGUGUGUGGGAGAUCAGCCUGUGGAGGAAGCCGUCACAACCAGGAAAGCACCUCUUCUGGGUGGUUGGUCUGAGAAGAACACCGAGUCAGCUGAUGUUCAGGAGGCAGCUCAGCGUGCUGUGGAGAUGUUCAACACACAGUCCAAGGCCAAGAAAAUAUUCAAAUUGGUCUCAAUCAAAAGUGCUAAAACUCAGGUGACUAACACAAUCAACUUUAGGGUGAACUUGGUCCUGGGAAAAACCAAAUGUCUCAAGUCUGAAAACCAUGACUUGAAGAGCUGCAGUUUGGUUCAAAAGCGGCUGAAAUGUAUCUUUGAUGUGAGCUUUGACGUCCGCAACAGCAAACACGAGCUGAUGAAUCAAAAGUGCAGGAAAAGUGUGAAGAAGGAGGAGUAACUCUUUUUAUAGGCUACAGUACAGCACGCACACAAUUCGAUACUGAUUUAACUUUAAAAAUGAAGUUUGGAAGAUGGAAAAUUGAAUUUCUGAGAAAAGUCGAAUCAGAUUUUGUUAAAAAAAUAAAUAAAUUAAAAAAAUUGUAGCUA